AUGGCCACGGUCGACCAGAAAGUCGCUUUGAUUGUCAUCGAUGGCUGGGGUAUUCCAGGCCCCCAGUCCCCGCCCCAGGGUGAUGCCAUCGCCGCGGCCUCGACCCCGUACAUGUCCGACUUCGCCGACCCUAACUCCAAGACUGCUCAGGGCUUCUCUGAAUUGGAUGCCUCGUCUCUCGCUGUGGGCCUUCCCGAAGGUCUCAUGGGCAACAGUGAGGUCGGUCACCUGAACAUUGGCGCCGGCCGUGUGGUCUGGCAGGACAGCGUCCGCAUUGACCAGACCCUCAAGAAGGGCGAGCUGAACAAGGUUGAAAACAUCGCCAAGGCUUUCACGCGGGCCAAGGAAGGCAAUGGCCGACUUCACCUGCUGGGUCUGGUGUCUGAUGGCGGUGUUCACUCCAACAUCGUCCACCUGUUCGCGCUGCUCCAGGUCGCCAAGGAAAUGCAGGUCCCCGAGGUCUUCAUCCACUUCUUCGGUGAUGGCCGUGACACUGAUCCCAAGAGUGCUGUCACGUACAUGGAGAAGCUGCUCGAAAAGACUAAGGAGCUCGGUGUGGGUAAGAUUGCUACGGUCGUGGGUCGCUACUACAUCAUGGACCGUGACAAACGCUGGGAGCGUGUCGAGGUUGGCCUCAAGGGUCUGGUUACUGGCGAGGGCGAGGACAGCUCGGACCCCGUCCAGACCAUCAAGGAACGCUACGAGAAGAAGGAGAACGAUGAAUUCCUGAAGCCCAUCAUCGUUGGCGGCAAGGACCGCCGGGUGCAGGAUGGCGAUACCCUCUUCUUUUUCAACUACCGUUCGGACCGUGUCCGUGAGAUCACCCAGCUUUUAGGUGACUACGACCGCUCCCCGAGACCGGACUUCCCCUACCCCAAGGACAUCUCUAUCACCACGAUGACCCAGUAUAAGACCGACUACACCUUCCCUGUUGCCUUCCCGCCGCAGCACAUGGGUAACGUACUGGCCGAGUGGCUGGGCAAGAAGAGCCUCCAGCAGUGCCACAUCGCGGAGACCGAGAAGUACGCACACGUUACUUUCUUCUUCAACGGUGGCAUUGAGAAGCAGUUCCCUGGCGAAGUCCGCGACAUGAUCCCUUCGCCUCGGGUGGCUACUUACGACCUUGACCCUAAGAUGAGCGCUGCUGCUGUGGGUGUCAAGAUGGCCGAGCGCCUUGGCGAAGGCAAGUUCGACUUUGUCAUGAACAACUUCGCCCCGCCCGACAUGGUUGGCCACACUGGUGUGUACGAGGCUGCCAUCCAGGGCGUGGCUGCCACCGAUAAGGCCAUUGGCGAAAUCUAUGAGGCCUGCAAGAAGAACAACUACACUCUGUUCAUCACGGCCGACCAUGGAAACGCCGAAGAGAUGAUCAACGAGAAGGGCACUCCCAAAACCUCGCACACCACCAACAAGGUUCCCCUCGUCAUGGCCAAUGCCCCUGCGGGCUGGAGCCUCAAGAAGGAUGGUAUCCUGGGUGACGUUGCGCCCACCAUUCUCGCUGCCAUGGGCAUUGAGCAGCCCGAAGAGAUGUCUGGCGCUAGUCUGCUGGUAAAGGCGUAG